AUGGAUGAUUUUUCAAGAGAUACCGAAAACUUUGUUUGCUGGUUAAAAACUACCGCUGAAAUUGAAGUAUCCCCUAAGAUAGAAAUCAAAGAUCUUUGUUGUGAUAAUCAAGGCCGCGCAGUAGUUGCCACUCAAAAGAUUAAGAAGGAUGAAACAUUGUUUAAAAUACCUCGUAGUUCUGUUUUAAGCGUUACAACAUCUCAACUGAUAAAGGAUUAUCCUUCUCUCAAGGAUAAGUUCCUGAACGAAACCGGAUCGUGGGAAGGUUUAAUUAUCUGUAUACUUUAUGAGAUGGAAGUUUUGCAAGAAAGAAGCCGAUGGGCGCCUUACUUUAAAGUUUGGAACAAACCAAGCGAUAUGAACGCGUUAAUUUUUUGGGAUGAUAAUGAACUGCAACUUUUAAAACCAUCACUUGUCCUUGAAAGAAUAGGAAAAAAGGAAGCCAAAGAGAUGCAUGAAAGAAUUAUUAAAUCAAUCAAACAAAUUGGUGGAGAAUUUUCACGUGUAGCGACGUCCUUCGAGUUUGAUAAUUUUGCCUAUAUUGCAAGCAUUAUAUUGAGUUACUCCUUUGAUUUGGAAAUGCAAGAUAGUAGUGUAAAUGAAAAUGAAGAAGAAGAAACCAGUGAAGAAGAACUUGAAAAUGAGCGCUACUUGAAAUCGAUGAUUCCACUUGCUGAUAUGUUGAAUGCAGAUACCAGUAAAUGCAACGCUAAUUUAACUUACGACUCUAACUGUUUAAAGAUGGUUGCUUUGAGGGAUAUUGAAAAGAAUGAACAAGUGUACAACAUAUACGGAGAACAUCCAAAUUCGGAACUACUAAGAAGAUAUGGGUAUGUUGAAUGGGACGGUUCGAAGUAUGAUUUUGGAGAAGUGUUACUUGAAAAUAUUGUCGAGGCGUUAAAAGAGACUUUUGAGACGAAUACUGAAUUUUUGGACAGGUGUAUUGAUAUCUUACGCAAUAACGCCAAUAUUCAAGAAUUCUUAGAAGGUGAAGAAAUAGUACUAGAUUCAUAUGAUUGUUAUAAUAAUGGUGAAUUGUUGCCUCAACUAAUACUUUUGGUCCAAAUCUUGACAAUUCUUUGCCAAAUUCCAGGUUUAUGCAAACUGGACAUAAAAGCAAUGGAAAGGCAAGUGGAGAGAAUUGUAAAGAAGUGUUUACAAUUGAUAGAAGGUGCCCGCGCCACUACAAACUGUAGUGCCACAUGGAAACGUUGUAUUAUGAAGCGUCUAGCCGAUUACCCCAUAAAAAAGUGCGUUUCUAUCGAAAAACCUUCGAAAGGAAACUCAUUAACAAGGGAAGAACUAAGAGAUGUUAUGGCUCGGAGAGUUUUGAAAAGCGAAAUAGAUUCGCUGCAAGUUUGUGAAGAAACCAUCGACAAGAAUUACAAGGUUAUUCCUGAUGAAAAGCUGCUAACUAAUAUUUUAAAGAGAAAGUUGACAGAGGAAGAAAAAAGCUCUGUCAAACGUCCUUGCGUGAAGAAGUGA